GGUCAAUUACUCAGCAGUAUUUCCGCCCUGCACAGCUCUGAUGCAGCGAAGACUGUCUGCCAGCACAGAGGCUGCAGAGAAUGCUCUCUCCUGCCAUGCUGUCGGCCUGCAGCCUGACUUCAGUCUGAUCAUCACCGAUCCUUGCGUUAUUCCACCAUGAAGAGAGAUGAGCUUCAGUCACAGUUAGAUCAUUUUCUGGCAAUCAAAACAGCAUGUCAACGUCUGCCCAUCUACCCUUCUUUCCAGCGAAGUCCUUUCACCUUGUGGAUCAAGGAGAACGUCUCAAAAAAGGAAUGCUCCUUUUUUCAGAGGGAUCCCAGAUGCAAAGAGCAACUAUGUCAUUGUGGAUACUCAAAGAGUGACCACACUGAUGAAGCCAUCAAGCCAGAGGACUUCACCGGGGAAACCUGGGACAAAGCAAAACAUAUCCGCAAAGUUCCAACAGAUGCUUUUGGAGACAUCAGCUUUGGUGGUUUGGGGCAAAAGACAAGCAAGUAUGUACGAGUGUCGGCAGACACCGAAGCUGAGGUGCUCUACGAGUUACUGACUCAACAAUGGAAACUUUCGCCUCCAAAUUUGCUCAUAUCUGUGACUGGAGGAGCCAAGAACUUGAACCUGAAGCCUCAACUGCAGAAGACUUUUCGCAGAGGGCUUAUCAAAGUUGCCCAGACUACAGGCGCAUGGGUCAUCACCGGCGGUACCCACUCUGGUGUGAUGAUGCAUGUGGGACAGGCUGUGAGGGAGUACGCCCUGAGUAACACCAUGCAGGGGCAAGUAGUGGCAAUUGGAGUGGCAACAUGGGGAGUAAUUCACAACAGGGAUAAAUUGGUACAUGAAGACGGCUGCUUCCCAGCUAAUUAUGUGAUUGACACACAAGGUCAGGGUAAUAUGGCCUGUCUUGAUAACAAUCAUACCCACUUCCUGCUGGUUGACGAUGGGACCAAUGGACACUAUAAUGUGGAGAAUGAGCUGCGUGGAAAACUAGAGAAAUACAUCUCAGGCAAAAAUCUUGGAAACAAAGUGAGUUCUAUGACCAUCCCAGCCACACAAACCACAAAAAUCCCAGUGGUUUGUGUGGCAUUGGAAGGAGGAUCGGGCACACUCGAUACCAUCUACAACGCCAUGCGCAACGACACACCAUGCGUGAUCCUGGAGGGCUCUGGGAGAAUAGCAGAUGUUAUUACUCAGGUGUUUGGAAAACCGGUCAGCCAGAUCACCAUCACUCUCAUCCACAAGCUGAUGAAGAAGUUUUUUGGUCAAGAGUACAAAACGUUCACAGAACAAAAGAUUAUAGAGUUUACAAAACAGAUUCAGGACAUCAUCAGAAUGUCUCAUUUGCUGACAAUAUUCAAAGCAAGCAAGGACGAUCAGGGGGGAGUGGAUUUGGAUGUGGCCAUCCUUCAAGCUCUACUCAAAGCUUCAAAGACCAUUGAAUCACAACGAGGUGAGUCCUGGAAGAGGCAGCUGAAGUUGGCUAUCGCCUGGAAUCGAGUGGACUUAGCUAAGACUGAAAUUUUCACUGAGCAACGCAUGUGGAAGUCCAGCGAACUCCACGAGUUCAUGACUUCAGCCCUGGUUGGCAACAAGCCUGAGUUUGUGAAUCUUCUCCUGGAGAACGGUGUGUGUCUGAGGGACUAUCUGAAGAAUGACGACACCCUUUGUGGGCUCUACAAACAGCUGCCCAACUGCUUCUUCUUGUACAAGUUGGCCAAGAGGGUGAAACUUGCCGACAGCAGCAACAGGAGGCAGGCACUGGGCCAAAGGGUUCGUGUUCCAGCAGGAGUAAACAUCUCACUGACUCAUGUCUCUGAUGAAGUGCGCCACCUGCUGGGAAGAUUCACACAGGACAUCUAUCCUCCAUCCGACAUGAUAUACCAACUUGACAUGUCCACAGAGGACAUCUCAUCAUCUGUAUCUAAAGAUCAGGACCUGUUAAGACAGAACAGAGCUGAAGCCCAGAGGGAUCCAGGCAGGGACCUUUUCCUUUGGGCAAUUAUCCAGAGCAACAAGCAUCUCUCUGAAAUCGCCUGGGAUCAGUGUAGAGACUGCAUAUCUGCUGCUCUGGCUGCCAGUAAGAUCCUGAAGAAAAUGGCUGAGGAGUCAAUUGAUGCAGACGAGCCUCAGGAAAUGCUGGAGCUCGCCAGUCACUUUGAAGAUCGUGCGAUUGGUGUGUUCAGCAAGUGCUACAACAGUGAUGAGGUGCGCGCCCAGAAGCUGCUGGUUCGAAUCUCACGCUUAUGGGGCAAGACGACGUGUCUGAGGCUGGCGCUUGAGGCCAAUGAUAAAAACUUUGUGGCUCAGUCAGGUGUUCAGGCUCUUCUUACUCAGAUCUGGUGUGGUGAGCUUUCAGUUGAAAAUCCUGUGUGGAGGGUGCUGGUCUGCAUGGUCUUCUUCCCUCUGAUCUACACAAGAUUUGUGGUUUUCAGACGUGAUGAACUCAUCCAGAGAGAAACUGAGAAGAACGAGGAAAUAAAGACUGUGGAGAAAGUGACAGGAAGCAUUAUGAUGAUAAAUGUUCAUCGCUCAAAGCUGAAUGUGGAGCCUCUGGGCUGCUGGUCCAGACUGGUUGGACUGUACUGCUCUCCUCGAGUCAAGUUUUAUGGUAACAUUGUCUCGUACUUCGCCUUCUUGUUCCUGUUUGCUUACGUCCUGAUGAUCGACUUCCAGAGAACUCCAUCUAUAGCAGAGCAGGUGCUCUACAUCUGGUUGUUCACUCUGGUGUGUGAGGAGAUCAGACAGCUGUUUUAUGAUCCUGAUGGUUUUGGAUUUCGUAAGAAAGCCAAGAGGUACAUUCAUGAGAUGUGGAACAUUUUGGACGUCAUCUCCAUCCUGCUGUUCUGUCUAGGAAUUGCAUUCAGGCUGACAACUCAGUUGUUUUACCCAGGUAAAGUUAUCCUGUGCAUUGACUUUGUGGUCUUCUGCCUCCGUCUCAUGGCAAUCUUCACGAUCAGUCGCAUACUGGGACCUAAGAUCAUCAUAGUCAGGAAGAUGAUGAGGGAUAUGUUCUUCUUCAUGUUUCUCCUGAGCAUCUGGGUCGUGGCGUACGGUGUGGCCAAACAAGGCAUCCUCAUCGAAAAUGACAAUCGACUGGACUGGAUCAUGCGCGGGGCUAUUUACGAGCCGUACCUCAUUAUAUUUGGAAAUUUCCCUGAAAAUAUUGACAAUGCUAAGUUUGAUAUAAAGUCAUGCAGCAUGAAUGGUACGGAUCCCCUGAAGCCCAAGUGUCCUAAGCUGAAUAAAAGCCAAAUGCCGGUCUUCCCUGAGUGGCUCACCAUCGUCAUGCUCUGUGUUUACUUGCUGUUUGCCAACAUAUUGCUCCUCAACCUCCUCAUAGCCAUCUUUAACUACACGUUUGAAGAGGUCCAUGACAACACGGACAAGAUCUGGAAGUUUCAAAGAUACGAGCUGAUCAAGGAGUACUACAGCCGCCCAGCUGCCCCACCUCCUUUCAUCAUCUUCAGUCAUCUCUACCUCUUCAUCAGAAAAAUGGUGCUGUUCAAGGCUCCGACCCCAUCUACUGAGUUCAAGAAGCAGCUUAAUCCAAUAGAAGAAGAGGAGCUAUUAUCCUGGGAAGCCUUGAUGAAGGACAGAUACCUGCUAUCUGCGCGGCAGGAGAAGAGCCAGAGCAUGGAGAGAUGCAUUCCGGAUACAUCUCAAAAGGUUACCACCUUAACUGAACGGAUGGAGAAACUAGAGGAACAGGUCACCCAGUCAAACAAAUCACUGCAGAGGAUUGAGGACAUUCUGAAAUCUCUGGUUGCUCCUGCAAAAGAAACUCAGCCACAGACCUCAACUAUGCCAGAUGAAUCCUCCAACUCUUUGAGGACAGCAGAAGAAGAAGAUGGCUUCCACGUGAAGUCCCAUCAGCUUCAAUUCCCGGACAGCAAAAUCAAACGCUUCCCUGUUCCAGAGGAAAAAGUACCAUGGGAGGUCAGUUUCAGCUCAUACAUGCCGACCUAUUACAGUUCUGAAGAUGGAAAUGGCCGUGCAGAAGGAUCUGGACCAGAAGACUUAGAUAAUUACAGAAACCCAGGAGGCAGGACGGGCAUCGGGGGAAGAGGCACACUCAGCCGUCUAGGUCCAAAUUUGAACCUGGAUCUUGUGGUUACACGGUGGCGAGACAGUGCGAGGUCUGAGCUGGAGUUCCUGGCUGUUUUGAACCAGAACCAAAGAUCUUUAGCUUUGCCUGGGGGUCCUGUUGACUCUCUGGAUCACCUGCCAGGAAAUCUAAAGGGAAUUCUGGGAAAGAAGCUGUUUGAAGCCCUGGAUGCAAAAGUGUCAGAGGGAGUAAAGGUGUCUGAGGGCUAUGUGGACGACUGCAGGAACACAGACAAUGCCUGGGUGGAAACAACUGUCCUAAACAUUCACCUGGACAUAGCAAGCCAAGUGAUGGUGGACAUUAACAACAUGGUUAUAAGCGGCGACAGCUGCCUCCAGUGGCAGGAGGUGAGCAGCAGAAUCAGACUCAGCCCGAACCAAAGACGCUCGCUGCAGCAGGUGGCGGAGCUGCACAACACGAAGUUCUGAUCAUUCUGGCCCUGUUUGACAUUGUUAUAUUCAUAUUGCAUUAAGAAAACUUAUCUUGAGGCCUGGCACAUAGAAGACAAUCCGUGAAUCACCUUGUGCCUUUCAGUGUCGCCUUUGUUGUGAUUCAUUUGAAGAAAAUAUGCAGCAAAUCCUUACCUGAACUUCUGUUCUUUCUCUUCACUGCAGUUUAUAUUGCUAACACUUCCUAUCAUUCCCAAACAAGUUCAUGUUGCUAUAAUACAACUAACAGUUCAUUAUGGGAAUUUAGUUUAGUUGUUCCACAAUGUUUGUAGAAACAGCACUCUAUAUAUCUAAUGUGCUUGAUGUGAUACACCUUUGACCAUAAAUGUGAAUGAAAACAUCAAUAUUCAAUGAUUAGGAUGGUUGAGAAAAUACUGCAGUCAAUAAACAAAUAUACCACAGUAAUAAUGUGUCUAUGUAGCAAAUACCAUUACAGUAUUUAUGGAUGACUUUUAUAACAACGUGUUGCACUACUAUCAAUUCAUCGACUUGAAUAAACUUCAAAUCUUCGUCAUACCUUUUAUUCCAAGAAUCCAAUAAAAUGACCGAAAGGCUCUUUUUUUUCUUGCUGUUUAACUUUUAAACACCUAGUUACCUAUUAGUCGGGUGUGAUUUUUACUGUGUUUAGCAUGCAGGAACAACUCCGAGAACUCAUUACUUCAGGUCAGUGAAUAUUCAGCUCCUGCUCUGCUGCAGCUUGGUUUCGGAGCAGCUUCCGCCGCUUCUGAUUGGUUGAGGGGGAGGUGGCCAGACACAUGCUGUAGUAUCGGUUUCACGCCCUCCUCAUAAUCUGUACCGCUGGUUUCAUCAAAUUCCGGUCCUUGUUGUAACUUAUGUGUUCAGUGUAAAAACAGACAUGUUAGCAUUGUAUAAAAGCUGCACACGCAACAGCCAGUGACUUUAAUUUACUGAGUUUAAAUCACGUUUUUGUGUUAUUGUAAUGUUAAUGUAAUGCUAUCUAUAGUUUGUACAUAGACAUAAUAAAAAAAUACGAUUGGUAGAUGUUAA